AUGAUGAGGACGGUCUUCAGCCUCGUUCUUGUCAGCUGCCUUUUUGUAAUCAAAAGUGAAGCACUGCAGUGUUACACUUGUGUAGGCUCUAGUGAUGAAGACUGUAACAGACAAGGAACCCAGCAGUGCCCAGGGCACUCGGAUGCAUGUGCAGUGAUAAGAGGACAAGCAAGUGGCAUUAUGAAGUCCUGUUCGUUCAGGUCGUUUUGUGAGCGGGCMAAGAGAGAUGGAUCCAGAGCUCCUGGAGUGAGUGUCCACUGCUGCUACUCAAACAACUGCAAUGCGAGAAGCCUGGGCUCCAGAAUCACCCCUUCCACAAGCUACUUACUGCUUCUCAUCUUUACACUGCUUUGGCACCCCUUGUUUAAGUUGACAUGA